GGUAUUGUAAAGAUUGCAUUCGUGUGUAUGUAAAUUCAAGUGAGGUGUUGAACGCUCGAAUUUCCGUGAUCGACGAAUUGGGUUGGGCGCUACUGGAAAAUAUCCAUUGAAGCCUAUCCGAUAGGCCUGGCUGUAGCGAACUAGCUAAUUCCUUGUCAAAAAUCCGGAUGCUAAAAGUAUUGCGUUGUGAACUACGGGUUCGGUGGUAGUUAUCCAAAGAAGUGCUAGGCAUAUAGCCUCGAUCGACUAACGUUAACUUGGCUAAGUCUCCCACGGAUUCAAGUCUGACUAUGGAGCAGUGUGAGAGUGCUGCCUCUCUCCUGGCCUCCGUGCGUGAGCAGGAGGUGCAGUUUGAGCGCCUGACUCGAGCUCUGGAGGAGGAGAGGAGGCGAGCAGGACCCCCCAGCACCCUGCCCCGCCCCUUCCCCAAUCCACAGAACUGCCUUGUGUCUGGUGAUGCAGAGUUAGAGAGACUCAAAAUAAGCGAAGGAUACGUCAACGGGACACAGUACAGGAUGUUGGACCCGGGUCAACUCGUGGAGGAGACUGUUACCGUGGAAGAGGACCCCCAAGAUAUCCCCUCCAUCUCCGUGGAGACCGAUGAGGAUGGAAACACGCGCCGCACUGAGACCACGGUUAAGAAGGUGGUGAAGACCAUCACCACGCGCACCGUCAUCCCGUCCGUGUCAGACACCCUCUCCCUGGACGACGGGCCCCCUGUGACCGGCCCCCCCAUGGGGCACGGGGGCUAUGCCACCGUGGACCGAAUGUACCGGCAGGGUGGGGGCGGGGUGGCGGAUUACCCAACCUCCACCGUACCACGGAACUACCACUACGGCCCCCCGGCGGGGUACGAGGACUACCGGCCCGGGCCCCCCUCUGAGGCCUACUCCAGUCUGAGCCGCGGGGCUCGCAUGGACGAGCGCUACCGGCCGGUGGACGGGUACCGCACGCUGGACUCGGGGUACCGUGGCCCGGCCCGGCAGCAGCUGGACCCCUACGCUGCGCAGCCGCAGGUGCGCAUGGGCAGCAACGUGGACCUGCAGCGCUUCGUCCCCGAGCCCUACGGCCUGGAGGACGACCAGCGCAGCCUGGGCUACGACGAGCCCGACUACGGCAUGGGGCCCCCGCCUCACUACGGCACCGUGCCCCGCCUGGGCCCUGCGCGCUACGGGCCCCCCCGCAGAGUGGGGAGCUACGAGGGCGCUCUGGACCGGGACAUGAGCGAAAUGCAUUACUGGGGUGGAGGAGCCCCCCUGGCCCAGGGGGAGAGGGGCAGCAUGGCCUCUUUGGACAGCACCCUGCGCAAGGGCCCCCCUCCGACUGGCUGGAGACAGCCGGAGCUACCCGAGGUCAUCGCCAUGCUCAACUACCGCCUGGACCCGGUCAAGAGCAAUGCUGCCGCCUUCCUGCAGCACCUCACCUACAAGAACGACAAGGUGAAGUCGGAGGUGCGGAGGAUGAAGGGGAUCCCCUCGCUGGUGUCUCUGCUGGACAACCCCAGAAAGGAGGUGCACCACGCUGCCUGUGGAGCCCUGAAGAACAUCUCCUACGGCCGAGACCACGACAACAAGAUCGCCAUCAAGAACUGCGACGGGGUGCCUGCGCUGGUGCGUCUGCUGAGGAAGGCCACAGACCAGGACCUGACCGACACCAUCACAGGUACCCUGUGGAACCUGUCGUCCCACGACUCGGUGAAGAUGGAGAUUGUGGACCACGCCCUGAACGCGCUGUCCACGGAGGUGAUGGUGCUGCACUCGGGCCUGGAGCAGGGGGGGGCCGAGGAGAGCUGCAAGCCCCGCCACCUGGAGUGGGAGGCGUCCCUGACCAACACCACCGGCUGCCUCAGGAACGUGAGCUCGGAGCGCAGCGAGGCUCGCCGUAAGCUGAGGGAAUGCACCGGAUUGGUCGACUCGGUUAUGUACAUCGUCCAAUCACAGAUCGACCGCAAAGAAGUGGAUAACAAGCUGACGGAGAACAGCGUGUGCCUUCUGCGGAACCUGUCCUAUCAGGUCCACCGUGAGAUCCCUGGGUUCGAGCGCUACCAGGAGGCCGCGCCCAUAAACCAGGGCCCCGCCCCCAGCUCCUCGCAGAAGACUGGCUGCUUCAGCUCACGCAAGGGCAAAGACGAGUGGUUUUCUAAAGGGAAGAGAGAGGCUGAUGACCCCACUGCGGACAUGAUUGACAUUCCAAAGAGGACCACACCUGCCAAAGGGUUCGAGCUGCUGUUCCAGCCAGAGGUGGUGCGCGUCUACACCUCCCUGCUGAAAGAGAGCAAGAACCCCGUGGUGCUGGAGGCUGCAGCUGGAGCCGUCCAGAACCUGUGUGCUGGGCGCUGGACCUAUGGACGCUAUAUCCGCGCGGUGCUGCGGCAGGAGAAGGGCUUGCCGAUGAUGACGGAGCUGCUGACGCACGGGAACGACCGUGUGGUGCGGGCCAUGUCUGGAGCCCUGAGGAACCUCGCCAUCGACGCCAGGAACAGGGACCUGCUCGGGAAGCACGCCGUGCCGAACCUGGUGGCGAACCUGCCGGCGGUGGGACAGCAGCAGCCGGUGCGCGCGCUGUCGGAGGAGACGGUGGUGUCCGUGCUCAGCACGCUGGCCGAGGUGCUGGGCUCCAGCGUGGACGCCGCCAAAACACUGCGCGCCGCGCAGGGCAUCGAGAGGCUGGUGCUCAUCAACAAGGACGGGAACCGGACUGAGCGUGAGGUUCGAGGGGCGGGGCAGGUCCUGCAGACGGUGUGGGGCUUUAAGGAGCUCCGUAAGACGCUGGAGAAGGACGGCUGGAAAAAGACGGAUUUCAUGGUGAACCUGAACCCCCCCACUGCACCCCGCAGCAACGGGGCCUACGAGGACAGCACCCUGCCACUCAUGGAUCGUGGAGAGAAGAUGGACAGAGAGGCUGACAUGAUCCCUCUGAAUGAUAUGGGACCAGAUGCGUACUCCACACUAGAUCCCAGAGAGAGGAGAAAUACUUUAGACAAUUCUCUGGACAUGGCAGACAGAGAUGAUGUACAGGGGGAGUUAUAUGGGGCCAGAGUGGGCUCCCUGCCUCUGGUUGACUCUUACGAUGAAAAACUGAUGGUCUGCAUCACUCAGAGAGACUUGCCUGCCGCCUGCCACUGCUGACCUACAGGAGAGACCGCAUAGAGACCACACACCCUACAGGAGAGACCACUCAGAGACCACACACCCCAUGAGAGAGACUGCACCCCUACAGGAGAGACCGCAUAGAGACCACACACCCCUUGAUAGAGACUGCACCCCUACAGGAGAGACCGCACUGAGACCACACAUGCAUCUGAGAGAGACCACACAUAAACCACACACCCCAUGAGAGAGACUGCACAGAGACUACACCCUGACAGGAGAGACUGCACCCUAACAGGAGAGACUGCACAGCUAUUAAAGAGCAUGCACAUUACAGACUGGCUGUGUGUGCUGUCCCCUGUGCUGCAGUGUUGUCUGCCCUCACAACUGGCACCCAUCGGGACUCGAUCCCAUACCCAUCUGUCCUCUGUGCAGGUCACUUAUGACUCUGCAGCCAUUCGGCCUCCCUAGUAAGACAGCUGUGAGGUCUCUCCUCUAAGACCAGGGGGCCCCACUGACCCAACAACCCAACACCACUCUACAGCUGUGAGGUCUCUCCUCUAAGACCAGGGGGCCCCACUAACCCAACAACCCAACACCACUACAGCUGUGAGGUCUCUCCUCUAAGACCAGGGGGUCCCACUAACCCAACAACCCAACACCACUACAGCUGUGAGGUCUCUCCUCUAAGACCUGGGGGCCCCACUUGCCCAACAACCCAACACCACUAUAUAGCUGUAAGGCCACUCCUCUAGGACCAGGGGGCCUCACUGACUAAACAACCCAACACCACUGUAGAACUGUAAGGUCUCUCCUUUUAGACCAGGGGGGCCCAGUGACCAAACAACCCAACACCACUGCGCAACUGUGAGGUGUCUCCUCUGGUGAGUGGUGUAGUGUACCAGGGAGGAGCCUCUGGGCAGUGUUCAGAUGGCCGGUCCCUGUAGGCUGUGGGAAUCUCUUGGGCGCAGCAGCAAUCUGUAAACAGCGCAGUCUCCAUCUUUAUUCAAAGCUCUCUUUCCUCAAAGCACUCUUUUUCUGACAAUCAUAAUUACUGCUGAUGUGGUAAUGGUUCGUAGUGUUGACUCUUCACAAGGGGGCGUGUCUUCCUGCUGAUGCCAUCCUCCUUACUCCCUCCCCCCUGCAUCCAGCCUCGCAGCUCAUUGGACGUUUGUUUUGGACCCUUUCCUGUAAAUACAAUUUAGCAGUUGUGGCCCCGCAGUAUGUAAAUUGAGAGAGACUGUGGUAUAGAGCUUUCCUGUUGAUUUAUACUGCUUUAGAUUGAUGAGCUUUCUCUGAACUUAAGACCGUCUGUGUCUCCUCUCCACCUCCCUCAUACUUUAAUAUCCUUUCCUUCCCCCUCCUAUUCUGUUCUCACUCUCCUUCACCUCCCCACCCCCCCCCCCCCCCCUAUGUCAAUGUGGCACCGGCUCCUUGUAAAUCUGUGAACAUCCGCUCUCUUAUCUGUAAAAACUCCAUAUUGGAAGCCAAAAUGAGCCAUUAGCUGAAGUUGAGCAUGAAUUUAGGAUCCUUUCAGACCCUCUGUAGCCUCAGGUUUAGUAGAAAAAUCUACAGAUGAAUGUUUGGUCCUACAAUAUAGGCACUGGGAGUCUGAUCGUCAGCCUCGUUCUGGGUGUGGUCGGGCUGAUGACAUUAUUUGGAUAAUAGUGCGUUUUAUGUAUUUAUGUAGAAUGAAAGUACCUGAUUUAUCCCCGGGGGCGGGAGUCCUGUUUAAUCUGAACUGAAACGGCCGCAGAUUAGUAAUCCGUUUCUAAUUCUUGUUAUGGUCCAAGGGGUUCCGCUUAGAAAGGUUCCAAGGUUCUCACUACAUUGUGUCCAGGAUGGAGAGACUGCAUUAAGACCAGGGUCUCUGCCAGUAUUGAUGGGAUUUGUAGUUUUUGGUCUUGUAACUGUGGACUUUACUGCAGUAAUGAGGCAUCGCUGCAGAAAUAUGGCUGUUCAUCUUGGUCUCAGAACCCAGGAAGUGGCUGAAUAAACACUACAGUUAGGCACUGCCCACACACAGGGUUUGCCAUCACACUAUGGCUAGGCUCCGCCCACACACAGGGUUUGCCAUCACACUACGGCUAGACUCCGCCCACACACAGGGUUUGCCAUCACACUAUGGCUAGGCUCCGCCCACACACAGGGUUUGCCAUCACACUGCGGCUAGGCUCCGCCCACGCACAGGGUUUGCCAUCACACUACGGCUAGACUCCGCCCACACACAGGGUUUCCUAUAGCCUUACUACUUUAUUUAAACCCUGCCUGAAAGGACGGCUGGUUUGACUGGUGAUUGAUUAGUUCCUGGAGGCCGUUUGCUCUAAUAAGGCUAGCGCUUGGCAGAUUGCCGCUGGAUGUGCUGUGUCUCAGCGCUGCAGUGGGUCUGAAGGCCGUGUCUGCAGGGCGGGCUCAGAGACCGUUGGAGGGACUGAGGGCCGGGCGCAUGGGGGAGGGGGACAGAGUGGGUGCCUUUCUCACCGCUUUACAAUUUGGGAGAAAUUUUAUGUUCAGGAGUGAUUGGGAGUAUAGACCUGAUCUUUUUUUUGUUUUGUUUUGUUUUUGAUAAAAAGAAUUAAGCACAUAUAACUUUAUAUGAAAAGAAAAUCCUUUUUAAUUUUUUCUUUUUUUUUUUGUUCGGGUUUUUAUGCAUUUUUUAUAUAUAUAUUGUCUUAAGAUUUGGGGAUUCUUGUUUUGAGGGUGCGGUUGGUAAAUGCUUAUGCAAUCAGUUUUUUUUAAUUCUGAAAUUAUAUGGAUGAUUUCUUUAAGCGGAGGCCAUGGCUCAGCUUUUCAGCCAUUAUAACACUAAUUGAUAGUUAAAUCAUUAAAAAACAUCUCUUUGCCUUCUUUAAAGUUGCACAUUUCUUUCACUGAAGUAUGUAACUAGCAAUACUGUUUUCUUUGUUUUUUAAAUAAAAAUCUUUUUUUUCAGA